UCAUUGAUCAUCGACUUUUUUGGUAUUUUUCGUCUGAUCUCUUUCAAUUUUUGGAAUAUGUACAAUUUGAACCCAAUUUACACCGUCGGUCGUUGUUGCUGAAGUGAAGGGCAAGUGUGUGCACCUAUGGUUGCCGCCUCCUGCUCAUCUAGACGGCAUCACCAAUGUUAUUCUUUGUUGAGCACUAAACUGACGCUAUGAAACGAACAACUGAUCAUGCUGGAAUAAACUACGUGGAGGUUGAGCACAGAUAUGCUCCUCCAGCCAAGCGUGCCUAUCAUACUGACGGACGAGAAGAUGUAGAAAACGUGAAACUCUCUUAUUCUGUUCACAAAUGGUCGAGCUACCAGCCUGGAUUCCACCCAAGAAACAUCCGUGACAGCGCUGCUCCCGAGACUAGAUGGAUGACCCGGUCCAAUGUCCCUCCGCAGUUUGUUAUCCUAAAGCUUGACAAUCCAGCAGUCGUUGAAUCUGUGUCCUUUAUCAAUCGGAAUGUAGCGCAUGUGUGCCAGCUACGUUUUGCCAAAGUGUACGGCGGUUUAAACGAAGAUCAGUUUGUGGAGCUCGGAAACCUACAACUGGUACAAGGCUCGCCCACCAAUUGCUUUUCUUUGCUGCCGGUCAGUGAUAAGUCAGUGGCAUCACUACAGCGAUGUGUGCCUUGCAUCUACUUCAAGAUUGUGCCACUUGAAAGCUACGAUAAGAAGUUCAACCUGUCAAUUUGGAAUGUUGAAUUAAGUGGCUACGCAUCACCGACUAUUGUUGUGCCAGCAUGUACUCGUCUGAAUAAGUAUUUAGAAGAGGAAUCCAUGCGCUUGUGCAUGAAGUUCCUACGAGAUAAGUGCCACAUUGAUGUAUUGAAGCAGCUGAUGGACCGCACUGGGACGUGCUUUGAGGACGCGUGGCUCACCACUUUCCAUCGGCAACUAGUUGAGCUGAAAAACUUCAAGGAGGCCGAAGAAAUGCUGAUGAAAGCUGCUGAUGAUGGUGUGUUUGAGCGGCACUGCAUGCAAUCAACGGGUGUAUUGCGUUGGACUGAGAUCAAGCCAUCGAGCGUUUCUCAAGAACGCAACACUAGUGAGGACCUAUGCUGGCCCAUCGGUCGAGGUGGCCACGACAUGUGUGUUGAUUCGGAACAAGGCUUUCUUUAUCUAUUUGGUGGUUGGGAUGGACGCACAGAUCUUGGUGACUUGUGGCGCUUCAAUAUUCGAUUGGAGACUUGGGAGUGUCUGUCGCUGAAUACUGAAAAUGAGGGUGGCCCCAGUGCACGCUCCUGUCACCAGAUGUGCAUGGAUGUGUCGCGUCAGCGUCUGUACGUCAUGGGCAGGUUCUACAGCAUACUCAGCAAGGAGUAUGAUGAGCAGAAUUCUGCAGGUAAUUUCUAUUGCUAUGACAUUCCAAGUAGAACCUGGACGGAGCUGAGUGCAUCUGGCGUGCCAAUCUGCAUCUACGAUCAUCGGAUGUGCUUCGAUGAAAGUCACAACAGAAUAUUUGUCUUUGGCGGCCGCCGUAGAAGAACCGGUCCGUUGACUAACCAAGAGAACGAGUACAGCGGCUUGUAUAGGUACGACGUGGAGUCUGGAAACUGGACUAUGCUCAGAUCAGGGUCAGAGCCAGGCGAUGGUCCACUAGCCGGUCGUGUAUCUCAUGGCAUGGCCCUAGUUCCAAGCCAAACGGGUGGUUGUCAGCUGGUAGUAUUCGGUGGUCAACGCGAGGGAAGCCCUGGUCGUUUCCAUGGUGCUGAGUGCUAUGAUCCAUCGACCGACAAAGUGGAGCUUCUCCCUGUUCCUCUACAGAAUAACUCUAGUAGCGAUGAAGCUGGCAAUGGGUUCAAUAGUGUUCAAAUGCCCAAUGGCUCAGUGGAGUGUAUUUAUGAUCAAGAUCGACAUGAACUGCGCAUUUGUCCGAGUGUUUUCGGUGGUGAUGUUCAAACAACUACGCCACCGCCUACUGUCAAGUCUCACAUGCAGAACUUCCUUGUGGCAUUCUCGCUGAAAGAUAUGCAGCUGAGCUGGAUAAGCGACGUGCAAGAUCCCGGACCCCGUACUUCGGAGUCAGGUGGAUGGCCUCAAAUCCGAAGCAUGCACAGCUUUGUGUACGACCCCAAGUCCAAGGCUCACUUUGUGUUUGGCGGCCAUGACUGUCACCAGAAUGGUAGAGAAAGGCUCGACGAUCUCUGGCGACUGACGAUCGAAAGACCUACGCAUGCAGCUAUCCUCCGCCGAGCUAUACUAGAUAUCCGCAAGCUACGGUGUCUUCACCUUGCCUCAAGCGAUCUGCCCGCAGCAAUACGCUAUCUUCAGAGUGAUGUUGGAUCGUUUGUAGAUAAGACCGUGGAGGAAGAGCGUGAAGAGCUCCAUUCGCUUUGCAAUGAAGUGUUUCAAGUGGCGCAUGAUACGAGAAGCGGUGUGGAUCAAGACGACUCCAGUUCUCCGACCAGCUUGAUUUAUUAUCGUAAAAAGCUGUUUCAGAGGAUCAGCUCCUAUUUUCCGCAGGAAAACGCUGCGCCUCGCUCUAACCUGAAAGAAGUCGUUAGCAUUGACAAGGACGCGCUGUUUAAAUUCGAGAUUUGACACCACAUCCCCCAUGUUGUGGAGCACAUUCGCUGGUGUUGACGUUUCGUUUGUUAGUGUCUCGUAGUUUAUCUUUCUACUAGCCAUGGGCUCCCUUUAUUUCAUUGUGCCAUGGCUGUCUGUGUUUUGUUUUGUUAACGCUGCGUAUACAAUCUUUACUUUCCAUUGUGCUGUGACGCGAUGCUUUCUCCCAUAGUGUGUUUGGUGUUGAUGUGGAGCCCCUUGUCCUCUCUCUCACCACUGGACUAGUAUGUACAGGAAGUCUCGGACUAUAAUAUGAUUGUGCUUAUUUUCUCUCUUUCUUUCCAUGUUGAGACCUAUUCCUAAGUUGGUGUACCGGCUACAUAUUCUCAGCCGCCAAGUCUAUUCUCUAGAUUUUUACUCAUAGGCUUAUACUUGCCUUGUGCGUUUCGUCUUUUUUUUUUACUUUAACCCGUAUCUUUAACCCCGUAUCUCCUCAUUAUCUUGCAGUAACCAGUGUUAUCAGUAGUUGGCCAUUGCUCAAGGCGUCUUCUUGAUUUUAGCCCCGUCUUCCUUUAUUGUAUUGCCGUAACUAGUUUCAUCACACUACCCACACAGUGUGUCUUGAUCAUGACUGUGGGAUUUCUAGUGCUCCGUACGCCAUACCCAGACGCUGUGCACGCUGUCUGUCGCAUUUCAUUUGCUGGUUCUUUCGAUCAUUCUCUCGGAGUCCCCGUCUGUA